AAAUCCCCGGAGAUCCCGCAAGGGGAGGGGCUGCAAACGCAGAUCUCGGGGAUCCGAGGAGGAAAGACCCACCCUGGACCAGGGAGGUGACCAGAGCUCGGAGCUGGGGAUCCAUGAUCAGCUCCAGGAUGGGGAGAAGCCCCACAAGUGCUCGGAGUGUGGGAAGAGCUUCAGAUGGAAAUCCGACCUGAUCCGCCACAUGAGAAUCCACACUGGGGAACAGCCCCAUGAGUGUGAUAAAUGCAGGAAGAGGUUUCAGAGCAGCUCCAGUCUCCUCAGGCAUCAGCAGAGUCACACAGAGGAGAGGCCCUUCCGCUGCCACAUUUGUUCAAAGGGCUUCAAGCUCAAGUCUAUCCUCAUCAUCCACCUGCGCAUCCACAGCGGGGAGAGGCCCUAUGAGUGUCCUGAGUGUGGGAAGAGCUUCAGCCAGCAAUCCACCCUGACUGGCCACCUGAGGACCCACACAGGAGAACGGCCCUACGAGUGUGCAGAGUGUGGGAACAGCUUCAGGACGAGCUCUGAGCUGACCGUGCACCAGAGAAGCCACACCAGGGAACGGCCCUAUGAGUGUGGGGAGUGUGGGCAGAGCUUCCUAAGGAGCUGCCACCUGACCCGCCACAUGAGAAUCCACACAGGGCAAUGGCCCUUCAAGAAGUGUGAGCAGUGUGGGAAGAGCUUGAGGUCGAGGUCUGAACUGAUUGUCCACCAGAGGAGCCACACGGGGGAACGGCCCUUUGAGUGUGGGGAGUGUGGGAAGAGCUUCAUGUCAAAGUCCCACCUGGUCUGCCAUCAGAAGAGCCACACCGGGGAGAGGCCCUACGAGUGUGAUCAGUGCAAGAAGAGGUUUCAGACCAGCUCCAGCCUCAUUCUGCACCAGCAGCUUCACACCGACGAGAGGCCCUUCCGCUGCCCCGACUGCGGGAAGGGCUUCACCCGCAAGUGCAACCUCACCAGCCACCAGCACACCCACACCAGGGAGAGGCCCUAAGGCUGUUCUGAGUGUGGGAAGGGCUUCUCACAGAGGUCUGCCUUGACCAGACACCA